AUGCUAGAAAACAAGAGGUUAUCCGCUUCUCCAGGGAUAGGCAAGAGAAAGUUGGAGGGAGGAGAAUCCACCAAGGAGAAGGCAUCCUCUAGUAAAAAAAGUAAGAGUGCCUUUAGGACGGAAGCCCAUGAAGAAAAGAAAGAUACAGAGGAAACUGGAAAAGAUGGCAGUGAAAUGGAUACGGAUGACUCUGAGGGGGAAGACAGCUGGAAAGAUGAGGAUGUGGGUGUAGAGGAUGAAGAAGGUGAGAAUGAGUCUGACAAUGACAGUCCAAUCCACAGUGCUAGCCCUGGCAAUGACAACAGUCAACCUAUGGUGGAUGUGAAAGACAAGGGUAAUGAGAAAAAAGAUGUGAAUUCUGAGAGGGAGAAGAACAAGGAACCUAAGAAGGAUACGACUAAGGACAGUUUAAGUGAGGAUAAGGAAAGUAGGGAAAGAAGUCCUCUAGAGGAUAAUGAAACAGUAAAAAAUGUGGCAACAAAGGACGAUAAGAAAGAUGGGGUAUGUGUAGCAGUUGAGAUAAGGGUCUCUGAAGAUCCCAUAUUUGAUGAAAAUUUUGAUGAAAAUGAAAAAGAUUUACUGUUGAGAGAGGAGAUAAGAAAAAUAGAAAGAUUGUUUGGAGGGGCAAUGAUUGCUGAAACUGAGAAAGUGAUAAAGAAGAUUUGGAUGGAAGAAGAUAACUCAUGA